UAAGUAAGAAUGGUUAACCAGAAGAACGGGAGUGCCACUUGUUAGCCUAUAGAUCGGAAGAUGAUAUAGGAUGAUUGCCAACUUCCCCUACAAGGCAUAAGAAGAUUCAAGACAUUCUUAGGCAGAGGAGUGACAGGCCAUGAGUUCCAAACAUCAGUUUGUCAAACUAAACGAUGGCCACUUCAUUCCUGCCCUGGGUUUUGGCACCUACAAACCCCAAGAGGUUCCCAUAAGCAAGUCACUGGAGGCUGCCAACCUAGCUAUAGGUGUUGGGCUCCGCCAUAUUGAUACUGCUUAUAUAUAUCACGUGGAAGAGGAGAUAGGGCAGGCCAUUCAAAGCAAGAUUAAAGCUGGCGUUGUAAAGAGAGAAGACUUGUUCAUCACUACAAAGCUUUGGUGUACUUGCUUUCGGCCAGAGCUGGUCCGGCCUAGUUUGGAAAAGUCACUAAAAAGACUUCAACUGGACUAUGUUGAUCUUUACCUUAUACAUUACCCAGUACCAUUGAAGCCAGGGGAUAAUGAUUUUCCAGUAGAUGAACAAGGGAAAUUACUAUUGGACACAGUGGAUUUCUGUGCCACGUGGGAGGCAUUGGAGAAGUGUAAGGAUGCAGGAUUGGUCAAGUCUAUUGGAGUGUCCAAUUUUAACCACAAGCAGAUAGAGAGAAUCCUGAAUAAGCCAGGGCUUAAGUACAAGCCUGUCUGCAAUCAGGUUGAAUGUCAUCUUUAUUUAAACCAGAGUAAGCUACUGGAUUACUGCAAAUCAAAAGACAUUGUUCUGGUUGCUUAUGGUGCCCUGGGAACCCAGCGAUAUAAAGAAUGGGUGGAUCAGAACUCUCCAGUUCUCUUGCAUGAUCCAGUUCUUUGUGAUGUGGCCAAAAAGAACAAGCAAAGCCCUGCCCUGGUUGCUCUGCGAUACCAGAUUCAGCGUGGGGUUGUGCCGCUGGCCCAGAGUUUCAAAGAAAAUGAGAUGAAAGAGAAUUUGCAGAGGCAUAAGUGCUACUCACUGUGGUGGUUUGGAUUAAUGAAGACCAAUAAUAAUAGGUUUUUGAAUUCCAGUUGUCUCCUGAGGAUAUGAAAACCCUAGAUGGCCUGAACAAAAAUUUUCGAUAUCUUCCAACUGAGUCUAUUUCUGACCACCCUGAAUAUCCAUAUUCUGAGGAAUAUUAAUAUGGGGACCUACUCAUGACUUCCUGAAGUUAUUGUGUGUGGACAGUGAUAUUGGUGAUAUGAUUCAGAUGCUGUUUGGUGGAUGCCUCAUUUCCGGUCAACCUAGGCUGCUUGGUAACAGUCACAUUCAAAUGAAGCUCCAGCUAAUGAUCUUGAAGAAAGGCAAUUUAAUUUUCAUGGUGUAUUGAAAUAAAUAUAAUGUUUUCUCCUCAAAA